GUAACUCUCUUUCUUAACCGUCCCCGAAACAUCCUCUUCUACCUCGGAAUAUGGCUUAAACCAGCCAGCUACGUCACCUUAUACAUAUCCUAUGCUAUCUUCAUCAUGAUUACUCAAUAUACUUUCGUUUUCUUCGAAUUUAUAUACAUAGCAUUGGCUAUGGGAGAUUUAGACGCGGUGACAGAAGCCUCGUUUCUGCUGUUCACUCAGGCGUCCGUGUGUUAUAAAGUUACAAGGUUUUUGACGGAUAAGAACAGCUUGAUUUCUCUAUUGGGGAUGAUGGAACAAGAGUUGUUUCAGGCGCAGAAUGAAAGACAAGUAAGAUGUCUCAUUAAGCAGUCUACAUUGAUAAAACGCCUUUGUCUGUUUUUCCUGGUCAACGCGCUAAAUACCACCACUUUAUGGGGGCUUAUGCCCAUUGUCGACAGCACUGGUGGAGAACGCAUCUUUCCUUUUUUGAUCUGGAUGCCAGUAAGUCCGAAGCACUCGCCACAGUACGAGUUAGGUUAUUUUUACCAGAUGGUGGCCAUCUACAUCAGCGCAUUCCUGUUCAGUUCGAUCGACAGCGUCGCUUUAUCCAUGAUCAUGUUCGGAUGCGCACAGCUAGAGAUUAUCAUGGAUAAGGUAGAACAGAUAAAACGAGUACCAAUGUCAGGCAAGCUCAAGCCGCAGGAUCGGGAAGAGCUCUUACAAGAGAAUCAAGAGUUGUUUGUGGAAUGUCUCAAGCACCACCAGGCAGUGAUACGGUUCAUAGAACUGGUGGAGGACACGUACCACUCGAACAUAUUCUUCCAGCUAAGUGGAAGCGUCGCUAUCAUCUGCAUAGUUGGACUUCGGAUUACAGCAACAACGCCAGGCAGUGUGGAGUUCAUCUCAAUGCUGAAUUACAUGGUGGCUAUGCUGUCGCAGGUUUUCCUUUACUGCUGGUGUGGAAACGAGCUGACAACACGGAGCGAAAUACUCCGUGACGUGAUGUACCUGUGCCCGUGGAACGAGCAGACCAACGGCUUCCGCAAGCUGCUCUGGAUAGCCAUGGAGCGAAUGAAGCGACCCAUAGUGUUCAGAGCUGGACACUACAUCGCGCUUUCCCGGCCGACCUUCGUUUCGAUUCUACGGUCGUCAUAUUCAUACUUCGCCGUCCUCAACCAAACCCAGGGCCAGGAGAAAUUAUUUUCCAUCAUGGUUAAAAGUGAAAUAAAUAUCGGGGAUCUCUAUUUGAGCAGGGCAAAAUUUAUCAUGUCGCUUUUAGGUGUUUGGAUGCCCCCUCCAAAUGAAUCUAUUUUGCGUAAAUGCUAUAAGUUCUUCAUGCUGUUCUUACAAUACAUUUUUCUUAUAUUCCAAGUGAUAUAUAUGUGUCAAGUGUUAGGGGACAUUGAGGAGGUCUCUCAAUCGUCGUUUCUGCUCUUCACACAGGCUUGUCUGUGUUUCAAGGUCACGGUAUUUCACGUUAAUAUAGACUCUUUCAGAGAUCUUUUGGCUCAGAUGAACACUGACAUUUUUAUGCCGCAAAAUGAAUGUCAUGAAAAGAUCUUGAAGCUGCAGGCCUUGCGGAUCAAGAGACUGCUAAUGUGGUUCAUGGUCUGCUCACAGACCACAUGCAGCCUGUUCGUACUUAGACCACUGUUCGAUGAUGCUAAUAGAAGUUUCCCUUUUAAAAUGUGGAUGCCAGUGAGCCCAGACCACUCGCCACAGUACGAGCUCGGGUUCUUAUUCCAAGUGUUGACGAUAUCCAUGAGCGCAUUCAUGUACUUCGGAGUGGACAGCGUCUGUCUGUCCAUGGUCAUCUUCGGGUGCGCGGAGAUUGAUAUAAUCAAGGAGAAGAUUAUGACUGUCAAACCAAUAGCAGAACAACGAGUCAACCGAUCCAUUACUGUCAAGAGCAUUUUGAAUGAGCAUUACCGUGUUCUGAUUGAGUGUGUCGCGCAGCAUGUAGCCAUAAUCAAGUUUGUCAAGCAGGUGGAAGUCACAUACCAUUCGUACUUGCUCUUCCAACUCAGCGGCGGUGUUGGGUUGAUCUGCAUGUCAGCUUUACGUAUACUUGUGGUAGAUUGGAAGAGUGUCCAGUUCCUGUCAGUGGUGAUGUACCUGAUGGCGAUGAUCAGCCAGCUGUUCGUCUGCUGCUGGAGCGGACACGAGCUCACGGCUACUAGCUCGGAGUUGCACACGGUGAUGUACGAAUGCUGUUGGUACGAGCAAGACAUGCGCUUCAAACGAGUGCUGCUUUUUAUGAUGCUGCGGUUGGGCCGCCCGUUGGAAUUUCGCGCUGGCCGUUACGUCACGCUAUCAAGACAGACUUUCGUUGCGAUUCUACGGAUGUCUUAUUCGUAUUUUGCUGUGCUAAAGCAAACCACCACUCGAAACGAAGCUGUAGAAUUUGAAAACUAAAUCGUAUAAUUGCAACAGAAUCCAUUUCCUUGACCUUCUAUUAACAAUAGUUAAACAUUGAGUUAAUUGCUCCUUAUACAUAUUAAUUAACCCCCCGUGUGGUGACGGUUUAAGAAUUUCACCACACCCUUUCUUCCCGUGGGUGUGGAUGUCAGAUAUGGAUUAAAUUGUGACGUAGACGAG